AAAGCCACAUCCUGGUAUAAAGGCUUAUGGAGAGACAAUUAUAAUGCAGCCUGUGAAUAUCUAACAAAAGAAAUAGGAGAUACUAAUGCAGAACAAGAACUUUUAGAUUUUGCAGAUGAUUUUGUAAUUGAAAAUGCCAUAGUUAAAAAUAAAAGGAGAAAUUCAGUAGAUAAGGUGCAAAAAGCAACUAUACCAGAAAAAUGCAAUGAUACUGUAUCUGAACAAAAUAAUGACAAAUCUUUUGAAAUUACUCGCGAUUGUCUUUCUAAACAAAUUGAAGAUUCAGCAGAAGAAGAAUUAUUAGAUUGCACUGACAGAUAUGUCGUUGAUAAUUUCACCAAUAAG